AUGAGCAUCAACAAAGGGAGCAAUGGGAAAUCACCACUUGACGAUUACGAAGAAGGAGAUACAAUAAUUGUGAGGUGCGAUAAUAAACCGGAUGCAUUGGAGUACAUGUAUUACGACGAAAUCCUGAGUAAGCUCUUUAAACAGUACAAUGAAAUAAGAGACGUUGCAGAACAAGAUCGUAUGAAAAGUGAAAAAUCGUUCAAACUGGAAGAAAACAUAGAACUUGCACACAAAUUGAAAGAAAUCAUUGGUGUGAUUAGUGAAUUCAGUAAAUCGGUCGGAUGGAAUAUGUAUAGUAUAAUUUCAACAGACUUCAAUUGA